AGCUCUGUCUAUCUGUUCGAUGUGAUCGCGGAUCGACGCGUGCCCCUGACAAUUCGAAGUCUGGCGCCAAACUGUGUUGACAUCUCGGUUUAGUCUGAUUACCGCUUGUUUGUUUGUUUUUCUUUGAUGUGGCUGCUGUUUGUUUGUUUGUUUGUGUUUAUCUAACUGUCGCUAAUGGACACGCAGUCCUACAUGCCUGUUCCUCCGGGGGUCGGGAUGGAGGAGAACUUCUUUUCCCUCGACGACAUUUUGCUGUCGCACGAGCGGCUGCCCUGCAGAACCGACACCUCGUUCCCCAAACUCGGGUUCCUGGAGAAAUCCGGCGAAACACACGAUAUACCAGAGGGUACUAAGAUGGAGAUGCCUCUGUGGUUGGCGAAGGGUCUGUACGAGAGGAAGAGGCACGUGAUCUCAGUGGACCUGCCUAAAGUCUACCGUGAGGGCUGGAGGACGGUGUUCGGUGCCGACGCCAAUGUGGUGGAUCUUCACAAGAUGGGUCCUUAUUACUACGGCCUGGGCUCACAAAUACUGCACUUUGAGAAUGCAGAGAACCCGGAGAUCGCUCAGUCUAUCCUACAGACGUUUAUCGGCCGUUUCCGCCGCACCAUGGACUCGUCCCAGAACGCCUAUAACGAGGACACAUCUGUGCUUCUGGAGCGGCUAGACUGCCUGGAGAGGGCGCUGUUCCGCUCAGGCCAGAAUGGACUUAAUGCCUUCCAGCUGUGGGAGAGAGGCAGAGCGUCACAGCUCACCGCCUCCAACCUCGUGACUAACUACCGCAAGAGGAAGAUCACUGAGCUGCAGUCCUGAGCAGCCGAGCACAGAUCAGAGCGAGAAUUAGAUGUAUGUGUGUGUGUGUGUGUGUGUGUGUGUGUGAGAGAGAGAGAGAGAGAGAGAGAGAGAGAGAGAGAGAGUGAGGUGAGAGGGAUGGACAGGCUGAGCAGCCAGGAACAGAGACACUGAUCAGAGAGAGCAGGAUUUUGCUGUGUGUGUGAGAGAGAAUGAGUGUUAUGUGUGUGAGAGGGAAUUUUGUCUUUAAUAUACCUGUGAAGUUUAAGUUACUUUUAAUAAAGGUAAACCUUUACUGUUUUGUAAGGAUGGGUCACUUGAA